UUUUAUUUGGCUGUCUCACCACAGCCAGCCCCAUGAACAGGAACAUUACAAAAGGUCUAUUUUAAAUCAAAUUGGAGUGAACCUUUGGUCACUGAUGGUGAAAUCCAAGGGUCCGAUGUUAUUCUUACAAAUACAAUUUAUAACCAGAACACUGUGAUUUCUACUGCACAUCGGGACCAGCACAUUCCAGCCUGGACUACGGAUGCUUCUCUCCCAGGGGACCAAAGUCACAGGAAUACAAGUGCCUGCAUGAACAUCACCCACAGCCAGUGUCAGAUGCUGCCCUACCACUCCACGCUGACCCCUCUCCUCUCAGUUGUCAGAAACAUGGAAAUGGAGAAGUUCCUCAAGUUUUUCACAUAUCUCCAUCGCCUCAGUUGCUAUCAACAUAUCAUGCUGUUUGGCUGUAGUCUCGCCUUCCCUGAGUGCAUCAUUGAUGGCGAUGACAGUCACGGACUUCUGCCCUGUAGGUCCUUCUGUGAGGCUGCCAAAGAAGGCUGUGAAUCAGUCCUGGGGAUGGUGAAUUACUCCUGGCCGGAUUUCCUCAAAUGCUCCCAGUUUAGAAACCAUACUGAAAGCAGCAACGUCAGCAGAAUUUGCUUCUCGCCUCAGCAGGAAAAUGGAAAGCAAUUGCUCUGUGGAGGGGGUGAGAGCUUUCUGUGUGCCAGUGGAAUCUGCAUCCCCAGGAAACUGCAAUGUAAUGGCUACAAUGACUGUGACGACUGGAGUGACGAGGCUCAUUGCAACUGCAGUGAGAAUCUGUUUCACUGUCACACAGGCAAGUGCCUUAAUUACAGCCUUGUGUGUGAUGGAUAUGAUGACUGUGGGGAUUUGAGCGAUGAGCAAAACUGUGAUUGCAAUCCCACAACAGAGCAUCGCUGCGGGGACGGGCGUUGCAUUGCCAUGGAGUGGGUGUGUGAUGGUGACCACGACUGUGUGGAUAAGUCCGACGAGGUCAACUGCUCCUGUCACAGCCAGGGUCUAGUGGAAUGCAGAAAUGGACAAUGUAUCCCCAGCACGUUUCAAUGUGAUGGAGACGAGGACUGCAAGGACGGGAGUGAUGAGGAGAACUGCAGUGGCAGUCAGACUCCAUGUCAAGAAGGAGACCGAAGAUGCCUCUACAUUCCCUGCAUUGAUUCAUGUAGUGGUAGCUCUCUCUGUGACCCGAACAACAGUCUGAAUAACUGUAGUCAAUGUGAACCAAUUACAUUGGAACUCUGCAUGAAUUUGCCCUACAACAGUACAAGUUAUCCAAAUUACCUUGGCCACAGGACUCAAAAGGAAGCAUCCAUCAGCUGGGAGUCUUCUCUUUUCCCUGCACUUGUUCAAACCAACUGUUAUAAAUACCUCAUGUUCUUUGCUUGCACCAUUUUGGUACCAAAGUGUGAUGUGAAUACAGGCCAGCGUAUCCCCCCUUGCAGAGCAUUGUGUGAGCAUUCCAAAGAACGCUGUGAGUCUGUUCUUGGGAUUGUGGGCCUACAGUGGCCUGAACACACAGAUUGCAGUCAAUUUCCAGAGGAAAAUUCAGACAAUCAAACCUGCCUGAUGCCUGAUGAAUAUGUGGAAGAAUGCUCACCUAGUCAUUUCAAGUGCCGCUCAGGACGGUGUGUUCUGGUUUCCAGAAGAUGUGAUGGCCAGGCUGACUGUGAUGAUGACAGUGAUGAGGAAAACUGUGGUUGUAAAGAGAGAGAUCUUUGGGAAUGUCCAUCCAAUAAACAAUGUUUGAAGCACACAGUCAUCUGCGAUGGGUUCCCAGACUGCCCUGAUUAUAUGGAUGAAAAAAACUGCUCAUUUUGCCAAGAUGAUGAGCUGGAAUGUGCAAACCAUGCAUGUGUGUCACGUAACCUGUGGUGUGACGGUGAAGCCGACUGCUCAGACAGUUCAGAUGAAUGGGACUGUGUGACCCUCUCUAUAAAUGUGAACUCCUCUUCCUUUCUGAUGGUUCACAGAGCUGCCACAGAACACCAUGUGUGUGCAGAUGGCUGGCGGGAGAUGUUCAGUCAGUUGGCCUGCAAGCAGAUGGGUUUAGGAGAACCAUCUGUGACCAAAUUGAUACAGGAACAGGAGAAAGAGCUGCGGUGGCUGACAUUACACUCCAACUGGGAGAGCCUCAAUGGGACCACUUUACAUGAACUUCUAGUAAAUGGGCAGUCUUGUCAGAGCAGAAGUAAAAUUUCUCUUCUGUGUACUAAACAAGACUGUGGGCGCCGCCCUGCUGCCCGAAUGAACAAAAGGAUCCUUGGGGGUCGGACAAGUCGCCCUGGAAGGUGGCCAUGGCAAUGUUCUCUGCAGAGUGAACCCAGUGGACAUAUCUGUGGCUGUGUCCUCAUUGCCAAGAAGUGGGUUCUGACAGUUGCUCACUGCUUCGAGGGGAGAGAGAAUGCUGCAGUUUGGAAAGUGGUGCUUGGCAUCAACAAUCUAGACCAUCCAUCAGUGUUCAUGCAGACACGCUUUGUGAAGACCAUCAUCCUGCAUCCCCGCUACAGUCGAGCAGUGGUGGACUAUGACAUCAGCAUCAUUGAGCUAAAUGAAGACAUCAGUGAGACUGGCUACGUCCGGCCUGUCUGCUUGCCCAGCCCGGAGCAGUGGCUAGAGCCUGACACGUACUGCUAUAUCACAGGCUGGGGCCACAUGGGCAAUAAAAUGCCUUUUAAGCUGCAAGAGGGAGAAGUCCGCAUUAUUUCUCUGGAACAGUGUCAGUCCUACUUUGACAUGAAGACCAUUACCACUCGGAUGAUAUGUGCUGGCUAUGAGUCUGGCACAGUUGAUUCAUGCAUGGGCGACAGCGGUGGGCCUCUUGUUUGUGAGAAGCCUGGAGGACAGUGGACAUUAUUUGGAUUAACUUCAUGGGGCUCCGUCUGCUUUUCCAAAGUCCUGGGGCCUGGCGUUUAUAGUAAUGUGUCAUAUUUCGUCGAAUGGAUUAAAAGACAGAUUUACAUCCACACCUUUCUCCUAAACUAAUUAUAAGGAUGAUCAGAGACUUUUGCCAGCUACACUAAAAGAAAAUGACCUUCUUGACUGUGAAGAGCUUCCUGCAGAGAGCUGUACAGAAGCACUUUUCAUGGGCAGAAAUGCUCAACCGUGCACUGCAAAUUUGCAUGUUUGUUUUGGACUAAUUUUAUUCAACUUAUUUUUUCACCUUCAUUUUUCUCUUAUUUCAAGUUCAAUGAAAAACUUUACAAAAGCAAAGCAAAGCAGACUUUGUUCUUUUGCCAGGCCUAACCAUGACUGCAGCACAAAAUUAUCAACUUUGGAGAGAUUUAAAAUCAUGCAGGUGCUACAGUAACAGGUUAUGGAAUGUUCUUUUUUAUCCUAUCACAAAAAAAGACAUAGAGAUUUAGGCUGACUAUCUCUGCCAGUUUUUGUUUCUCAAGCUCAGUGCAUAGUGGUAAAUUUCAGUGUUAACAUUGGAGACUU